AUGUCGAGCCAUCGUCAUCGUAAACGAUCUCGUUCGCCAGAAUCUUCGCACCAAAGGUCGCAGUCGAAGAAACAGAAGUCUUCUCGUUCUAGUGAUGACAACCAGGAAACGUUGAGUACUAUUUUGAGUACGUUAAAGGACCUAAAAUCCGACAUAAACUCGUGUACUACGAGAAUAGCCAACUUAGAAAACAACUACACGCGUAACGGCGAUUCGGAAUCCCUCCAAGAAGACCAAGAUCUCGAAACUCUCGAACGAGAAAGGGACACGAUAUCCAUUUUGGCGGGAAACAAUUUCGACCGCUCAAAUUGGGAUCAACAAGACGAUUUGGCUUUGCAGCCACCAGUUAUGGCUAUUCAGCCACCAAAUCCGGCUAUUCAGCCACCAAACCCGGCUAUUCAGCCACCAAACCCGGCUAUUCAGCCAAGAAAUUCGGCUUGUCAGCCUUUAACGUCAACACUUAAUGUUCAAGCAGAGGCUUGCCAACACGAUGCAAUUCGUAAUAUGCCUUCGAGGCUAUACGACCCUGAGAUUGCGGCCACUUCGUGGUCCCCAUCGGAUGAAUUUACAAAUUUUCUGGAAAAACAUUUCCGCCGAAAAUUGACAUUUGAUCAAGUAUGCGACAUACUAGAGGAACAGGCUGUUCCUUCAGUUGAUGCUCUUGUAGCUCCAACUCUUGACCCUUCCAUGAUUCAAUAUGUCGCGGUUCAAAAGAAAAAAUUCUUACAAGAACGCGACAAAGAGAUUGCAGUUAUUCAACGUGCCAUGCUUAACGCUACCGGCCCAUUAUGCACAUUGCAUGAUCAUCUCGAGCAAGAUAAUAUAAACCUCAAGCCGGCAGAUCUCAAAUUAAUAUUGGAACAAACUCUUUGUCUCCAGCGUUCUGCAAAUACACAAUUGUCUAUAUUACGUCGCAAGAAAGUACUUGCCUCAAUAAACAAAUCCAAAAUUGAGCUAGCUACUCAACCAUUGCCAAAUGCUAAGAAAUUGCUUUUUGGUGAAGAUUUUCCUUCUAUCGCGUCUAAAGAGGCAGAAUUAUCCCGUGGUCUCGCCAAGAAUUUGGCACCGGUACCUAAGUUUGACAAAACUAAACCCGGCUACGGGUCGCGGGACUCAAGAUAUCCAGCUUCUUCAAACAAUCACAAUGUCUUUCCAACUAACGGAAACUAUCAAAAUUUUCGCCAAAAGCAAACAUUUUUUCGUCCCCCUCUGUUUCAACAGUCACAGCGGUGA